GUCCGCUUCAUGUGUCACCACCACGCGCCACUUUCUCUGGGUUGACUCAACGUGCGGAGUAUAGACAAUCAAGUGUUCAAAAGUCGAUAUCGGGCCUCGUCUUGACAAAGAAUCCCAAAAGCACCUGAACCCCUCCUUCUUCCCCCGAUCAAACUCUGCUUCGCCCACCAUGGGCUCCGAAAAGAUCCUCCCGCAGGAGGGCCAGCGAAACAUUCUCAUAACUUCUGCACUGCCCUAUGUCAACAAUGUGCCUCAUCUGGGCAACAUCGUCGGCAGCGUGCUCAGCGCUGAUGUCUUCGCCCGGUACAACAAAGCCCGCGGUCGACCGACUCUGUUCGUCUGCGGCACUGACGAAUAUGGAACUGCCACAGAGACAAAGGCGCUCGAGGAAGGAGUCACCCCAGAAGAGCUGUGUGCAAAAUACAAUAAAAUCCAUACGGAAAUCUACGAGUGGUUCGAGCUGGGGUUCGACAUCUUUGGCCGAACUCCUACCAGACAGCACACAGAGAUCUCGCAAGAUAUCUUCCUAAAACUCCACGCAAAUGGCCAUCUGACUGAACACAUCAACAGCCAACCAUUCUGCGAAAAGCACGGGAAAUUCUUGGCCGAUCGCUUUGUCGAGGGCACGUGCCCAAAGUGCGGUUACGACGAUGCCCGCGGCGAUCAGUGCGACAAAUGUGGGAGCCUUCUAGAUCCAUUGGACUUGAUCAAUCCUCGCUGCAAAGUUGAUGGCGCAACUCCAGUGACCAGGGAGACAAAACAUACCUACCUGCGAUUAGACGAGCUACAGAGCCGGAUCGAAGAAUUCUCAAAACAGUCAAUCGAGAAAGGCCGGUGGUCGCGGAGUGCCAAAGUCAUUACAGAGUCAUGGUUGAAACAAGGCCUGAAAGAGAGGGGUAUUACUCGAGAUCUGGCUUGGGGCGUGCCUGUGCCUCUACCUGGCUACGAGCACAAGGUCUUCUACGUCUGGUUCGAGGCAUGUAUUGGAUACCCAUCUAUCACUGCCAACUACACCGAGGAAUGGGAGAAGUGGUGGAAAAAUCCGGAACAAGUCCAAUUAUAUCAGUUUAUGGGCAAAGACAACGUCCCUUUCCAUUCCGUCGUUUUCCCUGGAUGUCAGAUGGGGACGGGGGAGACCUGGACCAUGCUGCACCACCUUUCGUCGACGGAAUACCUCAAUUAUGAGAACGGCAAAUUCAGCAAGAGCCGCGGCAUCGGGGUUUUUGGGAAUAAUGCAAAGGAGACCGGCGUACCCCCGGAUGUCUGGCGAUAUUAUCUCCUCAAGAACCGACCAGAAUCAGGCGACACGCAGUUUGAAUGGCGGUCAUUCAUCGAUGGCAAUAACUCAGAACUGCUUGCUAAACUUGGAAAUUUUGUCAAUAGAGUGAUCAAACUGGUCAAUUCCCCCAAAGCCUACUCUGGGGUUAUACCAGAAUUUGAUCCCAACAACCUACCUUCGUCGUUCAAAGAGCAUCUGGACGAGGUGACAGAACUUCUCAAGCAAUAUCUGGCAGAAAUGGAGGCUGUGCACCUCCGCAACGGGCUUCUCGUCGCUAUGAAGAUCGCGGAAGCCGGGAAUGGCUUGAUCCAGGCUCACCGGCUGGACAAUUCUCUCAUCGCGAGCGACCCGACUCUCGCUGCGGCGGUGGUGGGGACGGUGAUCAAUCUCAUCUAUCUCUGCUCUGCCAUCUUCGAACCAUAUCUUCCUGCAACUUGUGCGUCGAUACGGAAACAACUUGACCGCCCAUUCUUGCAGAUCCCGUCUGAGGAAGAUGUUGCCAACGGUUGGCUGCCAACCUAUAUCAAACCGGGCCAUAAGAUCGGCAAGGCAGAAUAUCUCUUCACAAAAAUCGAUGAGAAGAAGGCCGAUGAAUGGCGUGAAUACUUCGGCGGUAAUCAGGCGGAGAGGGAGAAGAAAAAGAAAGAAGAGGCAGAGGCUGCUGCGAAGAAAGCAGCCCAGAAGGAGAAGACUAAGGCCAAGAAAGCCGCUCAAAAGGCUGCCGCUGCCGCCGCUGCUGGAGGUGUUGAGAAGAGCGCGAAAGGAGGCGAGGAAGGAAAGGAGCUGGCAAAUGGGGUUCCUGACGUUGGCGAGGACGUGGCGGUAGCCAAAGUUGUUGAUGGCGUUGCGCAAGUCACGAUACCGACGUCGUGAAACAGAGUUCCGCUUCAUACAAUAGACAGGAGCAACGGCACCACGCGACAAAGAAGGUAAACGCAUGAUGGCUAGACGUGGAUUCCCAAAAGGAGGAGGCCUUCAACGGCAGAUGGAGGCUCACCAAGACUUAACGAUUUCAGAGCAUUAUGUUGACAGUGCUGAGGAUGUGACGAUGUGCUUUGAGCAGAAAUGAAGAAAUGUGGCAAGAUGUCUACACUGGCAUCCAGAUGCCAUCAGCUCGUUGACAGCAUUCCUACCGUUCCGAUCGAAUUCAAGAUUUCUACUUUACAAGGGCAGCACCUGUUUGGCCAGGUCAUCUCCCGUGGCCAUGUCGGGGACCGGGUUGCUUGCACACAAUCGUCGCUCUCGAGGGCGACUUCUGUUCAUCUGGCAUAGACUCCUG